AUGUUGUCAGCACACCUGUGUGGGCUGCCCUCACAAACCACCCGACCUGGGAAGGGGCGGGUAUCAAGGUAUUGCCUAGUCACUCCGUUGUGUCCCGACUCUUUGCGACCCCACAGACUUGUAGCCCCACCAGGGUCGUCAGUCCAUGAGAUUCUCCAGGCAACAAUCCUGGAGUGGGUUGUCAUUUCCUCCUCCAUCAAAAAGUUCCUUUCGGCUUUUCUGAAACAUCUCAUGAAAAGCUCAGAAUCGACUUUUUUUGGCCAACCCCAUAUCGGUCAUGAAUUCCAGGUCUUUCCUGCCCGGAAGCUCAGACACUCUUGUCAGUUGUUUUGUGGGGCGGUUUGCAACGGAGCCAUCCCCCUGCUGUUGAAGGCUCAACCCCCGUCUCUCCACGACCCCUCCUCCCAUCGUUGUUGA